AUGUCAAUGCAGCAACGACAUAGAGCGCGCCAUGAAGCGCAACUUACAACGGAUCUACCAUUUAUGCUUGGUCGCGCACCUUGGUGGCAGCCGACAGCGCCUGCGGGCCGACGUCAACACAAACGAAAGAUCGCAUUUACCGAGGCGUUGAAGGAUUUCCUGCAGAAUGUAUCCUUUCAUUGUUACAACAAAUUAGUUGAGCCGCGACGGCGUUUUCACGAACGUUUUUUUUGGACUAUUUUCCACAUUACAACGCUGAGCGUUCUGGUUGCAUUCCUUUGCAAAAUACAAAUAUUUGAGGGACAACUCUUGAGUACCGUUAUGUAUGAUGCAUUGUUUCCCAUCAGCAAAGUUCCCUUCCCCACCAUUUCGAUUUGUUCGCUGAAUCGCAUUUCGAAUGCCUCGGUUAAUAGAUAUGCUGAGAAGCUUAACAUGAAAGAUCCACAAAAGCGCGGCGUCAAUUACUUUUAUAAUCAGAUAAAGAAAUUAAGUCGCCCAUAUUCUAGAGAAGAUAUAAAUGACGACGAUUAUGAAGAAUUCUUAGAAUUUCAAAACUUUUUGGAUAUAUACGAUACCACGGACGCGGAGAGUUUUUAUGACACCAGAGAUCGCAUGAAAGAGUUAACUCCAAAUUGUAAGAAUCUAUUCGUGCGUUGUCGCUUGGCUGGCGAGGACAUUGAUUGCGCAACGAAGUUUACAGAAACACUGACAGCGAGUGGAUUUUGCUGCUCCUUCAAUGCUGAUGGCUUGUAUGCAAAACCACGUCCUACAAGGCUUAGUCUUUUUACGGCAUCUAAAGGUUUAGUACUUUUACUAAAUGCUUCAAGCAGUGAUGACUUUUUCAAGGAAUCGAUUUCUUCCGGUUUUAUGUUUUAUAUAUAUCCACAUGGAAAUUAUGCAGAUACUUCGAGUGGUUCGAUAAGAGAACGUUUCACACCAACUGGUGUGCACACAUACAUUUCAAUAGAGCCGAGCAUUAUGCAAACCGUUCACGAAGCGCGUAUUCUACCACCGACAGCACGAAAAUGUUUAUUUGAAGAUGAGCGACCUCGUAUCUAUGGCAAAAAGUAUAGCCACAAUAAAUGCAUUACACGUUGUCGCAUGAAUAGCAUGUUGGCAAUAUGUAAUUGUCUCUUGUUCACUUAUCCGGAGGAAUUGCUUGACGUGGAUAGAGAGUUUGUUUACUGUACUCUGCGGCAUAAGCCUUGUUUGGAACGUUAUUAUUUUAAAUGGUCCAACGUUAUUACCGAACGCGCAUACAUCCCUGGACUGGAACUUGAAAUGGAGGACGCUUUAUAUUGUCCGCAGUGUUUGCCUUUGUGUUCGUCAGUGCGUUACGCCAUCCAUACCAAUGAAUUGCCUUUAGUAAAUUAUUACACACAUACCUUUCCAGAAAUAUUUCAUUUAAAUGUAUCGAAUCUCGCAUUGGUGGAGGUUUUCUUCGGCACCCCGCAUAUUCAAUUCUUUAGGCGUUUACUGAAGGAUAGCUGGUUCGAAGUACUAGGUUUAAUUGGCAAUCUAGCCAGCAUUGUUACAGGCUUCUCUUUGGUGGGCAUUUGUGAGGUUUUUUAUUUUUUCGGCCGCCAGUUGUUUAUGGUCUUAAAGAGUGAAAUGAUUUCGGAUCGAAGGGGCAAAAAGAAAAAACCUGAAACACCUUUGCUGAUUUUGCCAUGAAC